AUGGACAGUAUAGCUUGUCAAGACAAAAAACCUUGUUCUCAGGAUGAUAUGCCACUAAAAUCACAGAAAAAAUUAUUGUCAGUUACUUCUGCCGAAACUGCAAGUGAUGUUGUUGGAGAGGGACAGAAAUCAACUGAUGCCAAUUCGGCUGAGGAAUAUGAAAGGCUUGUUCUUUCUCCUCCCCCUGUCCCUCUGAAUCUUGAAGCUGCUAGUGCUGCUAUUUACGAGGCAGCUUGCCGGUCAAGCUCCAGGUCUCAAUCGAUCAGCGGUAGCACACGUUCUUUAAAAGCUCACAAACAUGAAGGAUGUACUGACUCGCAUAGUGAUCACAGUGCAAGGUCUUCAGUUCAUGAACAACAUAAACCAAGCAGCAAAGAAGUUCUACCCAUCCACGCAGAUACAAAAGUAUCAAAGUCUCCAAGCAAAUGGCGUCGUUAUCUAUGCUGUUUUCCAGAGAAAUCUCACCGUUUACCCCCUACUAAACAGAAUAAUAGCACUCCUGUAAAGCAUACACGGUCUGAAAAUUCGAAACCAGCUGGUGAUGUAAAUGUUUCUCAGUCUACUAAAGCAAAUGACUCUGUAAAUCUCCGUCCUGUUAAGGGAGCAAAAUGUAAGAAAACAAAGCGUUCUAAAAAAUCAAAAGAUUUACCAGUCAGUGGUAUUGUUGGAUAUACAAAUGAUCAGACUUCCCUUUGUCAUCCGUCCGUCGAGGAUGUGCACUUACCUGUGGAAUCAAGUUAUCAACCUGUUCUGCCCAACACAGUACUGGAUGCAUUAGGAUCAAAAUCUGAAAAUUAUGCUAAUACAACUUCUAUAUCUAAUGGUUGUAACUUCACUGAAUCUGAUGUCCACACAGAGUGUACAGUUCCGCAUACAACUGUAGUAGCAAAUGCUAACACAUCUAAAUUACACUAUUCUUUUCGACUCCCUACGUUUAAACGUCACACAAAUGAUUUGUAUGGUGUAAAAACUAUUGGAAAUAAUGAACGUCAAUGUCUAAAUGUACAGGUGAAUAACCCUUGCAAUAUUGAAUCAACACAUCAUGUAAUUCAUCAACAAAUACAACCUUUAAAUCCACCUUGGGUUGAAUGCGACCAUCCUGAUGGUGAUCGUAUUAUACCAGGUAGUUGUGCUCAUGAUCAGUAUCCGAUAAAUUAUGACAGAAAUGGUGGUCAAGGUGAUGCUUCCUCUGAGAAUCUAGAGUCAUUGUCACCUGGUAUUGAUCUGUUAGGUGAAGUAGACUCAGACUGUGUGGACAAAAAGUGUUUGGUCUUAGAUCUAGACGAGACGCUGGUGCAUAGCUCCUUUAAGUAUGUUGAAAAUGCUGAUUUUAUUGUUCCUGUGGAAAUCAAUGGUACUGUUCAACAGGUGUACGUUCGCAAAAGACCAUAUCUUGAUAAAUUUUUGAAUGCCAUUGGACCACUUUUUGAAUGCGUCAUGUUUACAGCAAGUCUCCGGAAGUACGCUGAUCCUGUAUGCGAUUAUAUUGAUGCAGCGUCAUAUUUUCGUCAUCGGUUAUUUCGUGAAGCUUGUGUUGAUCAUCAAAGUAAUCUGAUCAAAGAUUUAAGCCGUCUCGGCAGAGAUGUUGAACAGAUCUGUAUUGUUGAUAAUUCACCGAUAUCAUUUCUAUUUCAACCAAGUAAUGCAUUGCAAAUUGUUUCAUGGUUUGGUGAUACCGGAGAUCAAGCUUUAUCCGAUUUAAUACCCUAUUUGACAGGAUUAGCAAAUGCUCGAACUGUUAUCGAUUAUUUACGUGAGUUUCGACCACCACAAAAUGCAGCUAUUGCACAACCAGCCACUCCUACAUGGUUAUUACUGUUUAACAACACUCUUCCAGGUGAUGUAAAUACGUCGGAGGAUAGUGAUGGUGGAGAUGUUGACGAUGAAGAUGUCAAUGUGGAUUAUCAUGAUGAAGAUGCUGUCCUAUCGCCUCAUUAUGCUGCUGCUUUAAGUCAAAGUCGUUUCACUUGA